GUUUGCAGAUACCGUCCGAUUGGCAGUCCUACUCUCUUCAACACGCAGCUGAAGCGUCCCCUGGAGACUGUGCACUUUACACAGAGAAGCUCUGCUCUGUGGAGGAGGCUGAAGAAGGAAUCAAUCUAAACGUCAAACUCCACACUUUAUCCACAUGGCAGAGCCCAACUUCCCCCCACUGCCGGGAUUCAUUCCACUCAAGCCGUGCUUCUACCAGGACUUCGAUGAGAUCCCUGAGCAGCACCGCAGCAUGUGCAAGAAAAUGUACCACCUGUGGAUGUUGAACAGUGCUACUCUUGUGGUGAAUCUCUUCGGCUGCUUUGCUUGGAUGUUUGGUGGAGGUGGCGUGACUAACUUUGGACUGGCUAUCAUCUGGCUCAUCAUGUUCACUCCCUGCUCUUAUGUCUGCUGGUUCAGGCCCAUCUACAAGGCCUUCAAGAGUGACAGCUCCUUCAACUUCAUGCAGUUCUUUUUUGUCUUCAUGGCCCAAGUUGGCAUCAGCAUCAUCCAAAGCAUCGGCAUCCCUGGAUGGGGAGUAUGCGGUUGGUUGGCGACCAUCUCCUACUUCAGCUAUAAUAUUUUGAUUGCGCUGAUCAUGUUGGUCCCGACUAUCAUGUUCACUGCAGUGGCCACGCUGUCCUUCAUCGCCCUCACCAGGAUCCAUAACUCCUACCGUGGCAGUGGGGGCAGCAUGUCCAAAGCUCAGGAGGAAUGGACCACGGGGGCCUGGAAGAACCCUCAGGUCCAGGCAGCGGCCCAGCAGGCAGCCGUGGGGGCCGCUGCUGGAGCCAUGCAGGAUCAGUACGCCAGCCCACCAUAUAACGACAACCAGAUGUAAGCCUCAUCCAGACGGAGGCGUCGGAGAAAUGAUGGGACAGUUAAGCCAAAGUUUGAACACCAGGAUUAGGAAGAUUUCACCAUUUCCCACAAUACUGUUGGUUAUUAAGUUUAACAAUAAGCAAUUUCAUCAUUUUUCAAAGAGCUCUGAACAUAUGUGGGAAAGCUGGGUUUCACCUUCCUGUAUAAAAGGGCAUGCUGACUAUUUGUAGUGUUUUAUAUCAUUUCAUGUUUUGUUUUUUUCUGUUUGGGAGGUUGAAAUGAAAGUAGCUUUGAAUGUGUAUUAAGUUAGAGUCUCUGUGAGAGCUGUGUGCUGAUGUCCUCGUUGUGCCGUUUUACAAAAGCAAAACGAUCAUUUUUGAUGUACGAUAACUUCUGUUGUGAUGAAUGUUCAUUAUUUAGCAUUAUGUUAUUUAUUUACCGAUGCACUAUUAGAAUGAUAAAGUGUUUAGGAUGUAAAGUUUAUAUAGUUUUUCUUGUAUUUUAAAUUCAAGGGUAAACCAAAGAUCCAAUAUUGUAACUUUAUACUAAAUCAUGCUACUGUAUGUAUGUGACCUCAGCAUUAUUUCAUCAUGUAUCUAUACAGUUAAUGAAUAGUUGCACUGUAAUUGAAAGGAAGUGUAUCUGCUUCACAAUAAGAAACAGUAUUGUUGCAAGACUUCAGCUGGAUUUAAAUAGAAAUAUAAAACUUGCUCUUUGACGUACUUCCUGUUGUCUACCUUACACUGAAAACAUCAGAUUUACACCACAGAAUAAUGACGCAAGUGUGAAUGUUUCUAUGUAAAUUCAGCAUAAAACAAGUGAACUAUCUGACCCGUGUGCUGUAUCAGCUCUAGUUUGAACUGAAUGUUAAUUUAAAAGAGAAAGUUGUGUCUUGCAGUGCGGCUGUUUGGCCACAGGGGGGCGCUGGUGGUUUUAGUAUGAAAUAAAA